AUGCGAUCCGAACAAGGAGGUGAAGCGGUAACUGUAAUGUGUGGUAUUCCCAUUACUGAUAACAAAAUUCUAUCGGUACCGAUUGAUCGAUCUGAAAUCAAACAAACUCGAUGUAUUCUUUUGACAAUUAUUUCUAUUAGUUUCGGUCUGGCCAUAAUUCAUACAAUUUAUUCUUUCGCAUGGUUCGCUUGUGACAACAGUCCAAAACAAAGUCAACAAGACGAAUCAUUACUCAUAUCUCUUCUUUCGCUUCUAUUUUUUGGCUUUGGACUUUAUGUAACUCAUAACUAUUGCCGAUUAGGUUUAUAUAUGUUCGCAUGGUCAGGAAUUGCUGUACUUAUCGGUAGUGGAGUAUGCAUCUUACAUCUUAUUGUUGGUAUCAUGACAUUAGUUCCUGUGUAUCAUGCUACUAACAACAAAGAUUUUGUUAUCAAUACAUUGAUGCUUCUUUUGAUGAUCGCUGUUCUUCAUUUGUCUGCUUUUGUUGUGACACUCAUCGUUAUAAAACUUGCUUUUAAACUGGCAAAACUGAUCGAUGCCAAUGAAAAUUUGAUAAUUGAUUUAUUCAAAGUUUAA